CAGGUCCGUUACGCCGCACAGGAGAUCUCGUCCGCAAAGAGCGCCCGCGCUCGGGGCUCUUACUUGCGUGUCAGCUUCAAGAACACCCGUGAGACCGCACAGGCUGUCAACGGCAUGAAGCUGCAGCGCGCCCUCACCUUCCUCGAGAACGUUACCGCCAAGGCUGAGGCCGUCCCCAUGCGGAGAUACGCUGGCAGCACCGGUCGCUGCGCCCAGGGCAAGCAGUGGGGUGUCUCCAAGGCCCGCUGGCCCGUCAAGUCCGCCGAGUUCCUCAUUGACCUUCUGAAGAACGCUGAGGCCAACGCCGACACCAAGGGACUCGACACUGGCAACCUCGUUGUCAAGCACAUCCAGGUCAACCAGGCCCCCAAGGGCCGCAGAAGGACUUACCGUGCCCACGGUCGUAUCAACCCCUACAUGACCAACCCUUGCCACAUCGAGCUCAUCCUCACCGAGGCUGACGAGGUCGUCAAGAAGGCCCCCGCCAAGCAGGAGGUCCGCCUCAGCUCCCGCCAGCGUGGUGCUCAGAUCCACCGUGCCAUCACCCAGGCAUAA